AUGAUCUCUUUACUAAUCUUGCCUGAUGAGUUCUCCUUGUACCAAUUCGACCGAGAUCACCGACCCAGUGCGACGUGGUUUGAUACGUUGCCAUGGUAUACUAUUUCCAAAACCACAGCUGAAGUGUCCGUGGUAUGUCCAACCAACGCUGCAGCAAGUGUAGCUGCCGAAGCCAACAAGACCGAGGGUGGAUGGCGUUGUUUCCAGGUGGAUGCACAAAUGGAUUUUGGUCUUGUGGGUAUCUUGGCAAGCAUUGUUGAUCCUUUGCGUGAUAACAAGAUUCCUGUUUUCGUUGUGAGUACCUAUGAUACCGAUUACAUCCUCGUCAAACAAGAAACAUUGGAAAAGGCAAUGGGAGUGCUCAACAAGGAAAAGGAGAUUGUCAUCAAGCCUGGUGAAUCCGUUUUAUCAAAGUAA